AUGGAAAAGAAAGAGGAAAUAGUUUCUGUCCACCUGGGUACAGAUGCAAAGGUGGUCGCCAUUUCCAAUGCCGACGAAACCUUGCACUUUAUGAGAGAAUACGAUUCUCAAAUUCCAGAAAUCACCCCUGCUCAAGAUAAGAAAUUAUUUCGGAAAGUACUCUUUCGGGUGCUUGGAAUGACAUUCCUUGUAAAUAUGAUAAUGUACAUGGACAAGGCAACCUUAUCGUACUCGUCCAUUUUGGGCCUUUGGGAGAACACUGGAAUUGAUCAAAACAAGUAUAACAACAUCAACACUUUGUUCUAUGUGGGUUUUCUUUUAGGCCAGCUUCCAUCGCCGUAUAUUCUUCAAAAGUUCCCGCUAUCAAAAGUGCUCUUUGUUAUCGUCGUACUUUGGUCAGUGCUCAUCUUUUUGAUUUGUGCAGCUUAUAACUAUCCUGGAAUAUUGAUGCUUCGAUUCUUUCUUGGUUUUGUUGAAGCUCUGGCAAUUCCCUUGUUGACCACAACCAAUGGUAUGUUCAUGACUAAGGAUGAGCGUGCUACUAUCCAGCCAAUUUUCUAUGCUUCAUGUAUGGCAUCACCAAUUCCAAUUGGUUUCAUUGCCUAUGGAAUUGCCUACCUUCAUUCGAGCUUCCCAGGGUACAAGGUCCUCAAUAUAGUGAUUGGUGGAGUCACCAUCUUGCUCGCUGUUAUAGUGUGGUUUUUCUACCCCGAUAACCCAGCCAAAGCAAAGUUUCUUUCGGUUGAAGAGAAAGUGUGGGUUAUCAGAAGAGUACAACGGACUCAGCUCAACACUAUAGAGCAAAAACACCUUUUUAAAAGAGCACAUGCUAUCGAAGCUUUCAAAGAUCCAAUUUCUUGGUUGAUAACCGGGUUCUUCUUGCUUCAGCAGUUGGCGAACAAUUUGACUUAUCAGCAAACGCUUCUUUAUGAAGAAAUGGGCGGGGUUUCAAAUCUAGGACUGACUCUUGUGACUGUAGCUGGUGCCGGAUAUGCGGUCUUAUGGGCAUUAUUUGCCAGUGGAGUGAUGUAUUUCUUCCCCAAUACCACCUGUUUCUGUGUCAUAUGGUCCACGUUGCCUGCUUGGGUUGGAUCGAUUGCUGCCGUCAGCCUUAACUUAAAGAACUCAAUUGGAAUGUUGGCCGUGACUUGUAUGGCUUCACUGUCUUUUGGAGUACCUUGGAUUUGUGCCUUUGGCUUGGCAGCGUCAACGGCUGGAGCCUCUUACUCUAAGAGACUUACCAGAAAUUCCAUGGUUAUGGGCGCUUAUUCUGUGGCCAACAUCAUAUCCCCACAACUCUGGCAAAGCCGUGAUGCUCCGAGAUACGUUCCUGCCUGGAUUGUUCAGAUUGUUCUUAGUUUUACCAUCGCUCCUGGCUUGAUUGGAAUAGUGUGGAUCAUUUUGAGCCGGAGAAAUAAAGCGAGACUUGCUGCAUUGCACGAAGGCGAUCGUACUGGAUACGUCGAAGACGAGUCUGGGGCCAAAAUAGAAGUCGAUGUUGCAGCAUUGGACUUGACAGAUUUGGAGGACAAGACCUUUAUAUACCCAUUAUGA